AUGGCGCUGAAAAAUAAGGCAGCCGAACCCUGCGAAGGUCUGACACCUAAGGCAAAAGGUCCGCAAAUUGCCAAGGAUGCAGACCUGAAACAAAGCAGCCCUUCACCUCUGAAAUUUCGGUCAUUUGAAGCGUUUUACAAGCACUAUAGUCAAAAACAAUCGCAUGAUCAAGUCUCACAACUCAAGUCCUCUCCACAAAUGUGUAAAUACAAGGUCACUGUGAUUGAUAAGGGCGAAUGUGCAAAGGGAAACAUCCCAAGUAACAUAGCAGAUGAUAUGGAACCCUUGGUUAUCCGUACAUCUGAUAAACAUAAGGAUCUUCUGGACUCAAGUCGAGCGGCUCAACCCUCCAAGCAACCGAUUUUGGAAAGCGAAUACUUCAAGGGCCGUGUUAAGCGCAUCUGCCAAAUCUUUCAAAAGGCUCACGAUGAUUCUAACUAUCGUGAAGCAUUGCAACAGGCUAUUCUUAAAAAGAAACGUUCAAAGGUUACCUCAUCCAGGAGAGCUAAUAAUACACACUUUGCCGAAAAAAAGUCGGCAACUCCCAGCAAACUCGUUCCUCCAGAAGAUAAAAAGGCUGGAAAACUAGAGCAAGGUCACACAAUUACAGCCGACACACCUAGAAACAUCCCUUCCCAAAGGGAUCAUAUACCACGUUCCAAACCCAGCAUACAUCCACCGGCUACGCCUGGGUCCAAAAUAACAAAGGUACAACCACUAAAGUUAGAAGAAAGUGCACUCGAUCCAACGGUACUAUUAGAUGAUAAUCCAGAACACUUUGGAAAACGAACAUGGCUAAAACACACCACGCCAUCACCCAAAGCCGGAUCUCCUGUAAAACAGAAAAUAAACUACCCUUUGGCAUUUGACACAUCAACUUUGCUAACUAGCGUUGCAGAGGAACAAGAUAUACUAGAAGAUGACGAUUCACACACAGUGGAACAAGGUGCCAACGAAAACCUCAUUGAAGACAUCCUAAGUCGAUUCCUGACUGAUCCAACCUUUGGAGAAAACUUUAUCAACCUCUUGGAGGGAAUAAAUUCGUUCUCUGAAUCUGACAUAAAUCACAUUUCGCAAAUCCUCAACGAUUUGGAUUUUCUGGUCGAAAACGAUGAGUCUGAUCCGGGUAGCCCAUACAAGGUAAACGAAGAAAACAACCAAACGGCAUUCGGUUGGUUCUUUAAUAAGCCACAGGUGUUCGAUAUAAAUCUUACUGAUCGCACCGAGGCAGAAAUUCCUGAACAACUUGAACAGAUCCCAGAAGACCUCCGCAUCAACAAUGCUGGCCAGUUUAAAUGGAUAAAUGAAAUCUAA